AUGGCCGUGAACUUUGGGGAACACGCAAGUGGGUUCCGCCAUAACGAGGUGAUCUGGUUCAUCAACAAUGAAAUCCUUAUGAAUGGAGGCAGCUCGGAUUUCUACAUGACCUUCCACUCACGGCCCUGGAACGAGGUAGAGGACGGGCUUCGGGCUAUCCUGGCUGACCCUCAGGUGCCUCACGCCCUCAAGAGGGCCUGCACCUUGAGUGCGCUGGCCUUGAGUGUGCGUGUGGGUGAGAGGCAGCGAGAGCAGCAGGUGCCUGGGGUCCAGUUCCUGCGGGAACAGAUGGAAGAGCGUGAGGUGGCUUCCCGGGCUCUGGUUUCCCAGCUUCAGUGGCUGCGCGUGGAGUGUGAGGAAGUGGCCUCACAGCUACAAUGCGCAAAGGCUGCCCUGUGUCAGGCGAUAGAUGAGCGCGAAGUGUUGCGUGGACGACUGGUCCACGUUGAGAGGUUGGCUCAGGCUGACCCACUGCCUCAGGAGGUUUUGCUUGUGCCAGGAGCCCAGCAGCUUGGGGCUGCAGCAUUGCCCAUGCAUACGGAGGAACAAGGCAAUAUGGUGACCACACGUGUGCAGGGCAUGCCACAUUUGGAGACUCAGAUGGCAGCCCCAGCAGCUGUGCUUUACAUGCCAGGACCACAGAGUCCCUGGGCCCAGACCAUACAACCUCCUCUGCCAAUGCCAGGGCCACAUCCAUUUCCAUUCCAUGCCUCACUCCCAAUGGGAUCUACAUACUCGACACCUCUACCACCCUCAGCAGUCUGGGAAGCAGAAACAGCAGCGGCAGCAACAGCAACAGCAGUUGCACCACAGAUGCCUCCUCCAGGGAUCUGCCCACCUGGCCUGUGGGCUGCAGUGGAGGCCCAGGAGAAGAUGGCCCUGCUGUGUGACCAGAGGUGCUAUUGCCAGGGAGAAUAUUCUGAGAUUCUCCAAGCAGGAAGGUACCUAGGGGACACCACAAGCCAGAGCCAAGAGGAAGGUCCUGUGUUUCCCCAGGAAAUAACCUCCCUGUGUGACAUCAGGAGCCACAGCCAGAAGGAAUGUCCGGUGAUGUUCCAGGACAAGUACCCCCUGGGGAACAGCGAGAGCCACAGCCGAGAAAAAAAUCCAGUGAUGUCCCAGAAGAAGUAUUCCCUGGGGAACAGCAAGAGUCACAGCCAAAAAGAAGGUCCAGUGAUGUCCCAGAAGAAGUACCCCCUGGGGAACAGCAAGAGCCAUAGCCAAGAAGAAGGUCCAGAGAGGUUCCAGGAGAUGACACUGCAUGGGGGUAGCAAGAGCAGUAGUGUGAGCAAAAGCUCAAAGAAACAGCAGCCUCAGGGGAAGAAGGCCAAACAACCAAAAGGGAAAAGAGCCUCAGAAUCCCAGUAUCAGGAAAUGUCUGCCUGUUAUAAUCCAAAGAAUUGGAACUGUCCAUGGUGUAAAGGGUUCAAUUUUUCAUGGCGCAAGGCCUGCUAUAGAUGCAAGAAAGUCUAUAUAGCAGUUGAGAGUGGAGACCUGGACCCAGGACAAACUCACUAA